AGGGUAAUUUAGAACGUGCAAGGACUCUUGGCAGCAUCAGACAGAGCAACUAAACAAUUGAAGAGAUAGACCCACUUCUUAAGAACUUUGCAGUGGAGAAAAUUGUUUUCCUUUAUUUAUUUUUUCUUAAUGCACAGUAACCAAACUCUUUUAUGAGCUCUAUAAAUUCCCCGACAAAUGCUGUUUCCCUUGUGCUUCCAUUCUUUAUACAAACUUACUGAACUCUUUACCCCCCCCCCCCCCUCCUGUAAAAGUGCCAUAAACAUCUUGACUCUUUACCCAGGCCUAAAGUUCCCUAAAUGGCAAGCUGUACUGUGUUACAUCUUCUCGUUCUUGUUCUUCCAUCAAUCAUUCUAGCACUAACAAAUGCAAAUUUAGAAGGGGAUGCUUUGUACGCUCUGAGGAGAGCAGUGAAGGAUCCAGGGCAUGUUCUCCAGAGCUGGGACCCAAACUUGGUGGAUCCAUGUACUUGGUUCCACGUUACCUGCGAUGGUGAUAAUCGGGUUACCCGACUAGACCUGGGAAACGCAAAGCUUUCAGGCAGUCUGGUUCCUGAGUUGGGGAAGCUCGUCCGUCUUCAGUAUCUGGAACUGUACAUGAAUGAACUGGUGGGUCCUAUACCAAGGGAACUUGGAAACCUGAAGAGCCUUGUGAGCUUGGAUCUAUAUCACAACAACCUCACUGGGACCAUUCCUGCUUCACUUUCUAAGCUUUCCAAUCUUAAAUUCCUGAGACUGAACGGCAACAGACUGACUGGAAGGAUACCAAGAGAACUGACCAAAUUGGAGAGCCUAAAGAUCAUUGACGUGUCAAACAAUGAUUUAUGUGGCACCAUACCUGCCUCAGGUUCUUUCUCCAAGUUCACAGAGGAAAGUUUUGUGAAUAACUCAAGACUGGAAGGACCGGAACUGAUGGGAUUUGUGAGAUACGGUGCUGCCGGAAGCUGUAAAUGACAGGCCACUAAGAGGCAGUUACCUAAUUCCAUAUAUUAACUCAUUAUAUGGCAACGGUUGUGUGCUUGUUUACUAGUAUAAUUAAUUAUUAGAUGCAUCUAGUUAAAGUCACACCAAGAAAUCAUCUUUAUUAUGAGAAGAAUCUCUCGCCUUCCAUCAAAAAAAGAAAAAAAAACAGAGUAGAAUCUCCAAGACACCAGAUCUUGCGGUUACUAUCACCCAACUGCAGUUCCUUUUGCGGUUACACAAUAUAACGAUAACAUGUAGUCCACUCUUUGAUGAUAUUAACAAGAUGGUGGAGAUAAAAAGAGCGGGAACGAACCUCUGCUGUCAGAAA